UAUGUCGACAAUCUGGUAACACUCCCCACACCAGUUCCCAAUCCCCUCUUUCUUCAAAGACUUCAGUACAAUCAGAGACAACGACCACGACCUCCAGACCCUCUCUUCCUGGUCCUUUUUACCCAGAUCAUUCACCACAAAAUAUUUCUCGAAACCCAUGUUAAAUAAUGGAGUCAAACUGGGAAGAAUUCUACGCAAAUCAGCCGAAACCCAGUGACCUGGAGACCAGCACGAAAUUACUCGACAAUUUCGUAAAACGUUAUUCCUCCGACGACACCAAAAUAGCUCUAGUGACGAGUGGAGGAACGACUGUUCCCCUGGAGCACAACACAGUCAGAUUUGUUGAUAACUUCUCAGCCGGCACCAGGGGCGCCAUCUCCACGGAGUACUUCCUGAAGCACGGAUAUGCUGUCAUCUUCAUGUACAGGGCAAAAUCGUUAGAGCCCUUUUCUCGACACUUUACGGGUCAAAAAUUCUUGGACAUGUUGGACCUCACCCAGAAAGAUGGCAGGCCACAGUUGACAGUCUGUGAUAAAUAUUCAUCGAGUGUUGCUGAGGCUCUGGUGAAGUACAAAAGUGCAAUUCGAGAGGGAAAAUUACUCCAGUUGAGCUUCACGACUUUGUCGGAAUAUCUCUGGCUGCUCAGAGCUGCUUCACAGGCGGUGGCACCCUUGAAGAAACGAGUUGUGUUGUAUUUGGCUGCUGCUGUUUCUGAUUUUUAUGUUCCAUCGAAUGAAAUGUCUGUCCACAAAAUUGGGUCGACGAUUGGAGCUCCGAAGAUAGCUCUCCACCUGGUACCGAAAAUCUUGAAGCCUCUGGUCAGUCUUUGGGUUCCUGAGGCGUUCGUGGUGUCUUUCAAACUUGAAACUGAUGAGAAUUUAUUGAUUUCGAAGGCGAGGGCUUCCCUGAACACGUAUAAUCAUAAGCUGGUGAUCGCUAAUAUGUUGCAAACUCGCAAGCAGAAGGUCACAAUGGUCGACAAGGACAAGGACUACGUCCUCUCCCUCACGAAGGACCAGAUGGAUCAGGGGGAGGAGAUCGAGAGCUCCAUAAUCACCGAUUUAGUCAAAAGACACCAAAACUUUUUAUCCCCAAACGACAGCAGCUGAUUCCCCUCCAAUCACCUGGAGAUCAUCAACAACAUCACUCUAGCUCAUCAAAAUUUUUAAUAUUCCAGCUACAAUUCCUUUAUAAAUAAUUAUAUACACAAUUUAUAUAGUUUUAUACUCAUAAUUAAUUACAUCUAAUUAAUUUGUACAUUUACAUAAUUAAUUUAUAUAGAUUUUAUGCGAAAUA